AUGCGCAAACACGGCUGUCGGAAGGUGGCGAGCCUGAGGCGAACAAUGGCGGAGCUGGGCGAAGCCGAUGAAGCGGAGUUGCAGCGCCUGGUGGCCGCCGAGCAGCAGAAGGCGCAGUUUACUGCACAGGUGCAUCACUUCAUGGAGUUAUGUUGGGAUAAAUGUGUGGAGAAGCCAGGGAAUCGCCUAGACUCUCGCACUGAAAAUUGUCUCUCCAGCUGUGUAGACCGCUUCAUUGACACCACUCUUGCCAUCACCAGUCGGUUUGCCCAGAUUGUACAGAAAGGAGGGCAGUAGGCCAUCCCCCAGGAGAAUGACAGAAGCAAAGGACUUGUUACUAAGCAGACUUAAGGGCCAGUGGGGGAAGGCUGUCAACCCAUUGUCAGAUCAGCAUCAGGCUGUUAUCAAGUCUGUUGGUGCUAAAAAGUAAAAGAUGAAAUGUUCAAA